CUUAAAUCAUGCAAAUCCCUUGUUCAUUUGCAGAUGUGUUGCAGCAGAGAUGAAGCAGGAUGUUUCUAGGUAGAAGAUGGUGAAAUAUUGCCCACAGAUGUGAGGAUUUUAGACAUGCUUGUGUUUUUUUUAAUUUUUGAGAUUUAAAAUCAGAUUGUUUGAAGCCUGUGAGGAUAUUAUUUGAUGUUUUUUAUUCUGUAACCAAAGAGAAAGCUUUUGAUUUUUUUUCUGGAUCUACUCUCCCUUUUUUCUUCUCAUUCUUUCUCUCAUUUACUUGUACUUUAUGUUAUUUUCUCGCUGGCUAGCACAAAGACACUCAGUCUGCAGUGAAAGCACUAGAGCGUGACAGGAAAUGGGGAUCAUAAUGUCACUCAUUUAACCACCAUGGACUUAUCGGAUGUAUUCACGCCUGUAAUGGCCACUUUGCCACCAAACUCUUCUUUGGAGAAUGUCAAUCAGACCUCCUCCUCCUCCUCGCCGAGGGCUCCUCCUCUACCUCCUCACUCGCAGGUGGCGUCGGUGUUCAUCGUGCUGGUGGUCUCGGUCAUCAUACUGGGGACGGUGGUGGGCAACGUGCUGGUGGUGGUGGCGGUUUUCACCAGCCGAGCCCUGAGGCCGCCGCAGAACCUGUUUCUGGUGUCUCUGGCCUCCGCGGACAUCCUGGUGGCGACACUGGUCAUCCCCUUCUCCUUGGCCAACGAGGUGAUGGGCUACUGGUACUUCGGUUCCACCUGGUGCUCCUUCUACCUGGCGCUGGACGUCCUCUUCUGCACGUCCUCCAUCGUCCACCUGUGCGCCAUCAGCCUCGACCGCUACUGGUCGGUCACGAAAGCUGUCAGCUACAACCGCAAGCGGACGCCCAAACGGAUUAAAUCGAUGAUCAGCAUCGUGUGGCUCAUAUCCAUUGUCAUCUCGUCCCCGCCGCUCCUCAUGACGCAGAAGGACGAGGACUCGGAGGACAGCGACACCAAGAGGCAGGAGUGUCUGCUCAACAACCAGACGUGGUAUAUCCUGUCCUCCUGCCUCGUGUCCUUCUUCGCCCCGGGUGUCAUCAUGAUACUCGUGUACUGUAAGAUCUACCGAGUCGCCAAGCAGCGAGCCUCCACCGUGUUCGUGGCGAAGAACGUGUUGGAGCGGCAGCCGUCGCAAUCGGAGACCUGCUUCGUGGCCACCCCCAGGCCGUGCCAAAGAAAGGGAGCCGGCUGUGGCCAAUCCCAGUACGAGCUGGACAGCCCGCGGCCCCCCAACCGCCACAGCUCGUCCAACGUGGAGAGCAACAACAGCAGCAGGCGGGGAGAGCUGGACGACAUCGACUUGGAGGAGAGGAGCUGCGAGGCGAACAUUAAAACGACAUCUUCGUUUUCCUCCGCUCUCCGCUUCCCCAGGAGAGGCGGCGGAAGUGUGAAAACAGAGGACGCGGAGGGAACAACAAACAGGUUAAAGCCUCCUCCUCCUCCUCCAUCCUGUGCCUCCAUCUCAUGGGCAUCAUCCGAGAACUGCUCCCACCACUUCCUCUUGCCCUCUCCGGUGCCGCUGCGCAGCAGGCAGAUGUCUCUGUCCAAGAACAAAGUGGCUCAGAUGAGGGAGAAGCGAUUCACGUUCGUGCUGGCGGUGGUGAUGGGGGUGUUUGUACUGUGCUGGUUUCCGUUCUUCUUCACGUACAGCCUGCACGCCGUCUGCAGGGAGAACUGCACCAUCCCUGACACACUCUUCAACCUUUUCUUCUGGAUCGGAUACUGCAACAGCUGCCUGAACCCCAUCAUUUAUACUAUCUUUAACCGGGACUUCAGGAGGGCCUUCAAGAAGAUUUUAUUCCAGACUCACAAACGAACAUGAGAUGUGAAUGUAUGUGUGUGAGAGUGGCCUCACACAGUCAGACACAAAUGAGUGUGCACACAGUUUAACUCCUGUUUUUCACUGUGCUGUCAUACCGACAUUAAAGGGCUUGCCAUACA